UCCACCCCACCAAACUUAAGCCCUUCUCCUCUCUUACUACAUUUAAUAUAAACCCCAUUUAAUCAACCACAGACUCUCAUUCUCACUUCUCUUUGUGGGUUACAAGACAACUGUUCCCUUUGAAAAAAAAAAAAACAUUAUAACAAUCCUAAAAGAAAAAUUAAACCUACCCCUUUUCUUUUUUCUUCCCAAAUUUCACUUUUUUUUUUCUUUCUUCCAAGUUGUCCCUAAUUUAUAUAUCUUUCUAGGGUUUCUUGAAACAUAUUUCAGUGAAUCUUGAUGGAUUCUGAGGAUGAUAUGCAUGAUGCUAAUGAUAUGGAGUCGGUGGAUGAAGAUUUUUACAGUGAUGGUGAUGGUGGGUAUGGCGGCGAGGGUAUGAAUAGUGAUGAUGAUGUUGCUGAUUAUGAUUUUAUGGGUAAUGAAACUGAUGAUUCUGAUGACCAAGCUGUUAGUCGUUCUCAGAAAAAUUAUACAGUCUUGAAGGAAGAAGAUAUACGUCAACGACAGGAGGAUGAUAUGACGACAAUUUCUACUCUUCUGUCCAUACCAAGAGAAGCUGCCUGUAUAUUACUUCGACGUUAUAACUGGAGUGUGAACAAGGUGCAUGAGGAGUGGUUUGCUGAUGAAGAAAGAGUGCGCAAGUCUGCCGGCUUGUUGGAGGAGCCUGUUGUCCCUCUUUCAAGAGUUAAAGAAGUGGUAUGUGGGAUUUGCUUUGAGAACUACCCUCCUGAUGGCAUAAUAUCUGUUGGGUGUGGUCAUCCUUUUUGUACUACUUGCUGGAAAGCUUACGUUAGCACAUCCAUUAAGGACGGCCCUGGAUGCUUGACGCUGCGAUGUCCCGACCCAUCAUGCGAUGCUGCCAUUGGUCAAGAUAUGAUUGAUAGGUUGACAUCUGGUGAAGAUAAGGACAAGUACUAUCGUUACCUUCUUAGAUCCUAUAUUGAGGACAAUAGAAAGACAAAAUGGUGUCCUGCCCCAGGUUGUGAUUCUGCAAUAGAAUAUGAUCUUGGAAGUGGAAGCUAUGAUGUUACUUGCUGUUGUUCCUUUAGUUUUUGUUGGAAUUGUAGAGAGGAGGCUCAUCGGCCUGUGGACUGUGAUACUGUGUCCAAGUGGAUUUUGAAAAACAGUGCCGAGUCGGAAAACAUGAAUUGGAUCUUGGCUAAUUCCAAGCCCUGUCCAAAGUGCAAGCGACCAAUUGAGAAGAACCAAGGGUGUAUGCACAUGACUUGUACGCCACCAUGUAAAUUUGAGUUUUGCUGGUUAUGUCUUGGUGCAUGGUCAGACCAUGGUGAAAGGACCGGUGGAUUUUAUGCGUGUAAUCGCUAUGAAUCAGCAAAGCAAGAGGGCGUGUAUGAUGAAGCCGAGAGGAGGAGGGAGAUGGCCAAAAACUCACUAGAGAGAUACACGCAUUACUAUGAACGUUGGGCAACCAACCAAUCGUCGAGGCAAAAAGCUAUGGCAGAUCUGCAUCAAAUGCAAACUGUUCAUCUUGAAAAGCUUAGUGAAAUACAGUGCCAACCAGAGUCACAAUUGAAGUUCAUUAUAGACUCCUGGCAACAGAUAGUUGAAUGUAGGAGAGUAUUAAAAUGGACCUAUGCAUAUGGAUACUACCUACCCGAACAUGAGCACGCAAAAAGGCAGUUCUUUGAGUACGUACAAGGUGAGGCAGAGGCUGGUUUAGAGAGGCUUCAUCAAUGUGCUGAAAAGGAACUCCAAACUUACCUUAAUGCUACAGGACCGUCCAAGGAUUUCAAUGAUUUCCGUACAAAGCUCGCUGGUUUAACAAGUGUCACCCGAAACUACUUUGAAAAUCUGGUUAGAGCAUUGGAGAAUGGUCUUGCUGAUGUGGAUUCCCAAGGUGCUUGUAGUAAGGCACCCAGCUCAAAGAACGUAACUGGGAGCAGCAAGGGCAAAGGAGGAGGUCGGGGUAAGAACUCCGGGCGGACAUGAGGGCCAAGCAAAUAUGAUGACUGUAUACUGGGAUUUUGAGGGGAUAAAAUGAUGUUCAGAUGGGGAAGUUAAAGAAUCUACUCAAAGAUAGGAAAAAGAGGGGUUGAUCCCCUCUAAUUGAAGCCGAUUGUCAGAGAACAGUAUAGGUAAAAAGAACCCCUGGAAAAUGAAGUUUGCUCCUGCGCAUCUUCAAGGGGCAAUUAAAUUUAUGGUUCUGUUGUAAAUAGUCUGUGAUAGAGUUAGGUGCAGAACUAUUCAACUCAACUCAUCUCUUCUUUUUGGGGGAGUGGGCAGUCGCUGCAAACAAAACUGUGCUAUGUUGUUCUUACUGGUGGACUUGUGUAUAAGGGUUCCUUGUGUGUAUAUAUAAUGAUAAAUGUUGCUUA